GACAUCUGUGUGAUUGGGAUAGGCCAUUCGACAAAUAUUCCCGUGUCUAGAACACGGACUAAGAUAUACAGGACUGGAAACGGUAGAAACUAUAAACAACGUCGUUGUCAAUGGAACCCAUUCUCUUCUCUACGUCGUGAUGGAUCCAAUAUGUACUACGCUAGCUGRUACAACCAUAGAAUAGGUUAAAUUUCAUCUAUUCUGUGGUACAAGCGUGUACAACCGCGAUCUUCCCACAUCUUUCUGGUGUUUUACGUUUUAAUUUCUUUCUAUUUUAUAAUAUAUAAUUUUCAAGUAAAGUAUUAAAAUAUUUUAUGCAAAUAUUUUUUAUGGAUCAUACCGUUCUGUAAAAUUAUGUUCUAUUAUAUUCCAUUCUGGGGAUAAUAAAAUAAUAAAUUCUUAUACACCCAGUGGGAUUUCCUCAAUAUUAUUUGCUGUAUUUUUACGUUCUACUGAGUACUGAUAUACAUUCUUAUCAAUUUACAUUCUGCAUUUUUAUAUUUUGUAUUUAAAAAUUCUAUCAAUUUAUAUUCUGUGUAUAAUUGUGUAUAAUUUUCAAAUACUUCUAAUGGCUUUAGAAUUGUCAAAAGGCUCCAUUGAGAAAUUAUGCAAUGGUAUAUUAGUACAACAGCCAAUCAUCCAAUUAAUGGGUUUUGAGGCUGUACAGGUGAAACUCGAUAAAACAAAUUAUCGUUUAGUCUUGUCAGAUGGCAUUCAUAUGAACUCUUAUUUUUUCCUGUGCAGUCAGUUGAACGAUUUGAUUGUAAAAAAACAAGUGAAGUAUGGAACUAUUUUGAGGAUUGAUGAGUACAAAUUUAUAAAUGGAGAAAAUUCUACUGAUCAUAGUCCGAGGUGGAUUAUACUUAUUCAAAAAGUAACUGUAUUGAUUCACAGGAAUGUUUAUGGAAAUCCACAGCCUUUAGUAAAUAUUGAAAAAAAAGAAAUGCCGCUAAUAAAUUUAAAUUUGAAUAAAUGUCCGAGUAGGGUGUUUUAUUCUGUUGAACAUUUGGAAAGUAAUCUUAUGAAUGUUAAAGAUUUGAUCACACUAUCCAAUGGGAACUGUCCGUUUGUUCUAAAACUAACUGUUAUAAAAAAAAGUCCAAUCAAUACAUACAGUAGUUGUAGUGUUUUAAAUGUCAAUAUGAUGGAUUCUACGGGUUUAGUUUGUGUCAGUGCAUUCAAUUCACUUUCAAAUAGCUUAAAUAAAAUAUUUGAGGAAAACAAAACAUAUUACAUAGCAGACACMAUACUGAAACACAACCAAUUCGGCGUUGAACUGAAACUCCAAUCUCAUUCAGUUAUAAUUGAAAGUAUUGAUGAAAUCCAGYCAAAAAUGCAAUACAUUAAAACAUUACAUUUUAAUAAAUUAUUGGAAAAAAAUCCAAAUACAUUUUGUGAUUUAAUUGGUGUGUGCAUAGAAGUAGGUGAUGUAGAAGUGUGUAGUAAUUCAACGUCGCGAACGGAAAUUGCGAAACGAGAAAUUGUAUUAAUUGAUAUAUCUAUGGCAACUAUAACUUUAAAAGUGUGGGGUGAACAAGUUCAUAAAUUUGACGAGAAAUUUGAUGACCCACCAAUAGUAAUGGUUAAGCAAGCUGUACUCAAACAAUUCAAUGGGAUUAAGUUUUUUUCUAUGGUCAAAUUCAGUGUUCUGUGCAUUAAUCCAAAUUUAGCAGAAGUUCAUCAGUUAAAAGAAUGGUAUAAACAAUUGGUUGCAAUGGACGAUUUUUAACAGUAUCAUUAUAUUUAAGUACGGUAAAAGCUUGUUUUUAUAAAUAUUUUUCGUGCAUAAAUAGU